GUAUACAAUAGGAAAAUUCGUCUUUCUCCAAACAUUAAUUUUAUUCGUUAAAAAGUAUGCUGCGUAGUAACGAAGAACGUGAGGGUAAAUUGUGAAGGAUGACACAGAAUAGAGGAUAUGUGGAUGAUAUGCUUGUGUACCUAAUACCUAUAUACUAUAUAAAGAAUCAGGAACAAAUAUGUAGAUUAUAAAAUGGCGCGUGUCGUGAGGACAGCUGUUGUUUACCGACAAAAGAGAUCCGUAGAGUCUAGAACUUGUUGGUUUCAAUGAAAUGUUUUUCUGCUACAAGUCAAUCACGAGCAUAGAAAUUAGUUUGCAAAGGAAUUUAAAAAUGAAUGGCUGGUGAGGAAGAAGAAGAAGAAGAAGAAGAAGAAGAAGAAGAAGAAGAAGAAGAAGGUAGAAUAAAUGAUAGAAUAACGGAUCGGUUUAAAGAAUAAAGUGGCGAUAGAGUGGUGACAAGAGUGGUUGUAGCGGUGUGGUAAUAGCAGUGGAACUGGGUUGUGUAGGUAUUAAAGAAAAGGACAGAUGAAAACGAUUGUUCGUACAAGGAUUAAUUGAAUUGUACAAUGUGUCGUUGGUAAUGGAACGACUAUAAAUGAUGAUAUUUAUUUAAAGUAUUUAUCACGAGAAGCGUGAAAAUUAAAGUGCAUAAAUCAGAAGGAUAGAAAAACGAACAGCGAUACUGGACAAUAUUCUACAACUAAAAGAUGACCAAAUAUCAUCCAAUAUCGCAGCAAGUCUUGAGUGAUAAUCAUCGUUUCUACCGCUGCUUUUACGAGGAAUCACCAUGAAUGCAAGAACUCAAUUGUUUGAAUUAAGUAUGGAGGGUCGACAAGUGGACGAAGCGGUAGCGAGUAUCUUCCACAGUGUUCUUUUUCACAGAAGUCUUGGUAAAUUUAAAUAUAAACAAGAAGGCAGUUAUUCCGUAGGUACAGUGGGAUAUCAAGACGUCGACUGUGAUUUUAUCGAUUUUACUUAUGUCUGUUGUUCGUCGGUGCAUCUGGAUCAAACUCUGAAACGUGAAAUAUCAGGUUUUUCUGAAGCUUUACGCUCCACGGAUAGUCCAGGUUCUGGCCAAAUAUCGUUGGAAUUCUUUCAGAAGAAGAAAAAUCGUUGGCCCUUCCAGCCAGAAUGUAUACCAUGGGAAGUGUGGACAGUACGUUUGGAACUAAUAAAAUUAGCAACAGAGCACGAAAGACAGAUAUGCAGGGAAAAAGUUGGCGAUUUAUUGACGGAUAAAAUUCUUUACAUAACAGAAGUAAUGAAUCGUCACGAUUAUCUUCCUAAAAUGCCGAAUCAAGCUGAAUUGGAUCUGAUCUUUGAUACUUCGUAUCCCGAUAUACAACCAUAUUUGUUUAAAUUAUCCUUUACAACGUCUAGUCCAUCGAGUACAACAAUGGGUAACACGAUGAAGAAAUUGAUCAAAGAAACAUUAUCUAUUUAGUCGUAAAAUUUUGCCAGGAUCCCUUAGCGCGAUCCGUCUACGAUGCGAAUUCGUUUGAACAGAAACCUUGAGAACCGCUCUUAAUCAAUGGAAGAAUUUUACUUGCCGUAUCGAGUCGAUUCGUUUAGGUUCACGAAUACAUGGUACGUUUGUAUAAUUAUAAUUUUUCUUACUCUCAGUUAGUGAAUAUUUGCAAAGAAACUUCCGUACUUGUUACGUAUAGAAGAAAAAUUAUUGCAUGGAAGAUUCGAGGAUUAUGGAAAACAGAUUUAUAUCCUCCGUGUACGUUACAAAGAUACUGUUUACGAUCUAUGUACAUAGAAGUUCUGUGCCGACAAUACUUGUCAGGAAAAACAGACUAAUAUUUACAAUAAUUGCAAUUAUAUAAACCUGAAAUAUUUGUAAAAUUUCUAUAGUACAAAAAAACGAAUUGUGCAUAGUUGUUACCUUUCUGCGUACGUGCUGUUCUAUAUAGCGUCUCUCGUGUAAGUUUAUCGAUAACACGUUAAAUAGCAAAUGUCUCUUUGUAGUCUUAAAAUUCUGAUUUAUCCGUAUGGUUUAGCAUUAUUAGUAGCAAUAGGAUAUAAUUGGUUUUUCCAAUGUUUCGUUGACAUAAUGUAAUUUCAUAAACCCUAGUCUUUCUCGUUUCUCCUAAAAGGGGUUUCUUUUGUUGUUUUUUUUCUUUUUUCUUUGGGAUGUAUAAUAGUACAUAAAUGUAUAUGGCAGUGUACAGUGUUUAUUUUAGUAAAAGUAAUUGCAUAUGAUAUGUAAAUGCAUAUUUGAAUAUUUAUUCUCGCAGAUUCUAGUUACUUAUGUGUUUGUUAUUUUUCGAGACUUUGAGUAUCGGCACGGACAUUGUCGGCCCUUAAAAAUUAUACAGGAUAAAGAAAAAAAAAUGUAUUAUCGAGCUUGUCGUAUGAAAAAAUUCUCUUGCAGAAAUUUUAAUAUCAUUAGUGUUUAAUUAUAAAGAAAUGUGUGUUUAAGCUUGAAGUAUACCUUUUUAGAAAAAUGAUAAACUAGAAAUUGUUGGAUCGUAUCGAGAUUAAAUUAUUAACUAUAUGCUAUUUUUGUAAUCGUUUAGUUUACAUGUGUUGUCAGAAUGUAGGAAAAAGAAAGAGAAUUUCUCUUUGAGAUUCGAAAGAUUUCAAAGAGUCAUUUGAAUCUAACGAAUGAAAAUUGUAACAGUUUGCAGCUUCGAUCUCAGUUUAUUAGUAAAUUCGAGUAUUUGAUAUAGAAAAAAAGUUUUCUCAUUUACAUGAAAAUGUUAUAUUUCGGUGUGCGUGUGAGAGCGUGGUGGGACGUGCGCGUGCACAAAGACACGGAACGUUAAAUAGCGUGUAGAAAUGUGCAUAUUGACGAAGAGAAACCACGUAUUCGGUUCGGUACGAACCGAAUAUUGUUCUAAAUAAUGAAAUACAAUAGUAAUGAUGAAGUGUAUCGGAGGCGAGUUUUAUCGGGAAACAUGAUAGAUGUAUGUAAUCGGUAAAGACGAACAAUCGAAAGGAUAAUAUUGUAAAGAUAAAUAGUGUGUAAAUUGAUAAGUUUCUAGAUGAUUAACAAACAGUUAACAGACAUAUAUAGAGUAGCAUCAAUAUUUGUACUUGAUGCGAUUGAAAAAAAGAAAAAUAUUUGUUCGGUGUUGAACUGUACUGUGUGGUACUAUAUUUGAGACGUAAAACGAUGAAAGAAGCAAUGAAAUAGUAAUAGUAAAUGAUAUUGUAUCGAUCAGAGAGAAGAUUCGAACGAUUCUGAAGUGUUUAAGAAAUAGUGUUAGAGAGGAAAGAUUUGUCCUGUAAUAAAAAGUAAUUGUUUUACGCGUGGCGUUUGUAAAAUAGAAAGCGAAGCGAUAGAAAUAACUUGUUCGAAAAUGGAAUUUUCGAAAGUUUCAUGCCUUCGUAUUGAAUUUUUAUAACGAAUAAUUAACAUUUAGAGAGUAUGUAGUACCUACAUGAUGUCUGAUAGCAUACGUAGAAUGAAAGCGGCGCGGCGCGGCGCGGCGCGGCGCGGCGCGGCGCGGCGCGGCGCGGCGAUACCGUUGUUACUAUACAUAGUAUACUCUAAGCGUACCUUGGACGAGUCGUACGAUUAGACGAGAAGAGAAUCAGUGUGUUUUGGUGAAAAGGUAAAGGGCAGUUAUCCUACUCGUUCGUGAAAGAGCAGAAGAGAUGAUCCGAGACGAGUAGUUUGUGUAAAUUUAGUCCAACUCGAAUGUAAAGUGUACUAAAUCGGGUCUAUGAGAAGGAACUUUGAACAAGUUUGGCGCGCGCAUUAAUGUAAUGUAAAUAGAAAGAAAUUUGUUUCUCGAGACUCGUUAAUUGCCUUUUCUACGACUAACGAAGAAAAACAUAACUAUUACUCCCGAAGGUAACAUUUUAUUUCUUUGUUUAUUCUUUUUUCUUAGCGUUUUAUCAAUAACUAAUAAUAAAGUUUGUUAUUAAAAAUUCCUUAUCCGUGAAAAUAGGUAUAAAUUGAGCUAAUGUAGGAUUUUUCAUUGGAUCGCUAAUAAUUUUACUAAGGUGUACGUGUAAGUACGUAUCGUGCGUCGGUGUAUGCACACGUACAGGAAUGUGUAUGGUAACGAUGAGGAACGUGGAAGAUGUGUCUCGUGAUAUCCAUCGGAUCCGAAGAAACAGAGACGUCCUUUUAAAUAGAACGAUCAUUUCAUAUUUUUAUACAAGCAUCGAUUUUUUGAAUACGUUACUCGGUACGCGAGUGUCGGUUCAAACGUAUUGGGAUAUUUGUAAGAAAUCGUGAUGUCCUGUAAGGAGAAUUUGCUGAUGAAACCCCUGCUUGAUCGAUCGUGCGAAACUAUCGAGAAACAUACAAGUUCCCGUCGACGUAUAUCUCGGAUUUCUUGGACAUUGUGCACCUUGCAUGAUACUGCGUAAUCGCGUGCCUGUAAACAUUCGUACACGCACAAGUAAGUAGAUACAAGUGUAUAUAAAAGAACUGUACAAAGAAAAGAAGAAUGUAAAAUGAACAGAGAGAGAGAGAGAGAGAGAGAUAAGGUGAAGCGUGCAAAGGAAUAACUAGACGUAGGAUACACGUGCAAUUAAAGAUUUACGAAAUAGUUGUAAGAUAUAAGUUGAAAUAAUACGCGGCAAGUUAUGAUGCUAUAGUACCAGGCAAGGUGUAAUUGCGUUUUAAUUCAAGUAAAUAAUGUACAUAUAUAUAUAUAUAUUGUAUACAUAUAUCCGUAUGCGCAUACAUAGGCAGGCAGACACACAUGUAAGAAAUAGUAAUUAAUGGUAAAGUGUAAAUUGCAAAGGUACCGAGAUAGUGACAAAAAUGUUACGUAGCUGUAUUGUAAUAAAAUAAUGGAAAUGCUUUAGACUUAAUUUAUGAUAAAAAUACAGGAAGAUAACAUUUAACUCUUAAUAAAUUACCGUAUUUUACAAGGAGCAUUUUAUUAAGUAUGCGUGCGUGCGUGCGUGUGUGCGUGUGUGUGUGUUGAGAUCUUUUUUUUUUAGUAAAGUGAGAAAAGAUGAAAGAAAAAUAUGAAUAGAAAAGUGUACUGCUGAUGAUUUUGAGAAAAAUAGUCGAGUAUAGAAAAGGUAACCACCACCAGCCAGGUCGAGGAUAAUAGAGACGCGUGCGCGAGAAAACGACGGCUGGUCUGGGUCAGGUUCAUCAGCGAUUUUCCAUUCUCAGUUGUCGAUAGAAAGACCGCUCGUCGUCACUUUGGAUAAGUUUCGUGUAACGUUGCGAAUAGAGGGGCGCGCGAGUCGUUACUUUUCAUCCAACGAAAAUAUGUAUAUUGUAGAGAACAUCGAGUUGCUUGUUAUUUUCUUUCGAAGAAAUAGAACGUUUCCUGGAAAAAAAAAAAACGCCUCGCUUUAAACUCGCUUUAGAAAAAUAGGAUUGAAAAGAAAAUUGUUAUUGGCUGUGCUUUUGCUUGCUUUUAACUCUACAGUGGUUUCACGUUUGUCGCGUAGCUUUUAAAAUACCUAUACAAUAUCGCUAUUACGAUAUACGAUCUGUAAAUAAUGUUGUAAUUUGUUUAUUUAGGUAACCCACAUCGUCGAUCAUUUUCCAGGAUUCGUAGAAUAUGUUGGAAGAAUAAGUUUAGUUUGUAAAAUCUCUCUCUGCUCUCCCGCUCUCUGAAACGUUGUAAACGCGUCGACACGCGUAAUUUCUAACAGGU